UGCCCCCCUUCUGCAUUCAGACCUGCCGUCUCACCGAGAAGCGUCCGGAUCAACUGGCAGGAUACUUUAGAAAUGUCCUGUGUUAGCCGUUGGUCUGUGGGGUUGACGUUAACCUUUGACCUUUGACCCCGCCCGUCGGCAUAGUUCGUUCUAAAUCUAAAGAUUGAAAACUCCCGCCAAGUCACGCCGUGCCUCUUUUCGGGACACUUGUGGAGCGGAACAUCUGAAGCUUUCAGGAGGACCGACGUGAUCGCCGACGCCUUCUGGGCUCCUCGCAGCUCCAGCUCGUCUCCUCGACUUCUGAGCCGCUAAGAGGAACGCCAACCACCUUUGAGCCAAAGUAGUUGGAGAGCCACCAUGGGAUGUACCAUCAGCGCCGAGGACAAAGCCGCGGUGGAGAGGAGCAAGAUGAUCGAUAAAAACCUUCGAGAAGAUCUGGAGAAGUCCUUGAGGGAAGUCAAGCUGCUUUUGCUCGGCGCUGGAGAAUCUGGGAAAAGCACGCUAGUCAAGCAGAUGAAAAUCAUUCACGAAGAUGGCUACUCGGAGGAGGAAUGCAGUCAGUACAAGGUGGUGGUCUACAGCAACACCAUCCAGUCCAUCACGGCCAUCAUCCGGGCCAUGGGACGCCUGAAGAUAGAGUUUGGGGACGAGCGGCGGGCGGACGAUGCCCGCCAACUCUUUGUGCUGGCCGCUUCAGCGGAGGAGGGUUCAAUGUCGGCAGAGCUCAGCGGCGUCAUCCGGCGGCUGUGGGGCGACGGUGGCGUUCAAGCCUGCUUCCAUCGCUCACGAGAGUAUCAGCUCAACGACUCUGCUGCGUACUAUCUCAACGACUUUGACAGACUCUGUCAGCCCGACUACAUCCCGACCCAGCAGGAUGUCCUGCGGACGCGUGUCAAAACCACGGGAAUCGUGGAAACUCACUUCACCUUCAAAGAUCUCCACUUCAAAAUGUUUGAUGUCGGGGGUCAACGCUCGGAGAGGAAGAAGUGGAUUCAUUGCUUCGAGGAAGUAACGGCCAUCAUUUUCUGUGUGGCGCUCAAUGACUACGAUCUGGUCUUGGCCGAGGAUGAGGAGAUGAACCGUAUGCAUGAGAGCAUGAAGCUGUUUGACUCCAUCUGCAACAACAAGUGGUUCACAAGCACCUCCAUCAUCCUCUUCCUCAACAAGAAGGACCUGUUUGAGGAGAAGAUCGCCAAGAGUCCACUUCAAAUCUGCUACCCAGAGUACGGCGGUGAGAACCUGUACGAGGAGGCAGCUCAGUACAUCCAGGGCCGCUUUGAAGACCUGAACAAGCAGAAGGCCAGCAAGGAGAUCUACACCCACUUCACGUGUGCCACAGACACCCAGAACGUGGAAUUUGUGUUUGACGUCGUCACCGAUGUCAUCAUCAAAAUCAACCUGGCGGAUAUCGGACUCUACUGAGGCCAUCGGCCCUGAAGGGGUCCCAGUGGUUUCCUGGUGGUCUCGGCUGGUAUCUGGUAUGCGGUGUCUGCAGACCAGUGGCCAGUGGGAGUGGGCUUACCAAGGGACUAACUGCUUUGGAGAUUGACUAGCAAAACAUGACUGUGAGAUCUUUGCACCUGAGGCA